CCCCAAUCUGGCGUUCUCUCGUGUCCCCUCUUUCGAUCCUCAACUCCGUUUUCUCCCGCUUCAGAGAAAAUUCCCACUGCAGUCGAGAUCCUCGAAUAUUUUAAUUGCAUUAACAAUAUCUUGGAAUCGUGGGUCUCUUUCUAUUUCUAAUUCCUCGCUGCUGUAACAAUUAGACCUUCAAGCUGGGAGAGAUGCUAUCUGGAAUUAAGAUUAUACCGAGGGAUCAACUUAAUAAAGCGGAUUCUGAUGAAGAGAUAAAAAGUUCGACGAAGAAGGAGAAGAGAGAGAGGAAGAAGAAAGAUAAGAGGAGGAGUAGUAGGAAAGAGAGGGAGUACACUUUGGAUUCUGAUGACGAUGGGUCCAGUUCUUUGCGGAGUGGGAGCGAGAGUGAAGAAGAGAGGCGGUCGACGAGGAAGAGGAAGGGGAGAAGAAAGGAGAGAGAUUUAGAGGAUUGCAGUUCCUCUGAUGAGUAUGAGAAGAAAAAGGGAGGAAAGAAGAAGGAAAGAAAUGAAUUAUCAGAUGAUGGAGAUAGAGGCCUCUUUUCUCAAAGAGAGAAGGAACUUGCGAGGAAGGAGAUAGGAUUGGAGUGGAUGCUUUACUCAGGACGGACAGUUGAUAACAAUGCAGUGAGAAAUGAAAUCGAGCAUGAAGAGCCUCAAGUUGAAGAGGUAAAAAGGACAAAUCGAAGAGAACUAAAUCCAUAUCUUAAAGACAAUGGGAGUGGUUACCCUGAUGAUGCCUCACCCUUAGAGGUUGGCACUAGUCAGCUUCUUUCUUCUUCUGUAGUGGGUGAUGGUGGUGCAAGCUGGCGGUUGAAAGCCUUGAAACGUGCAAGAGAGCAAGCAGCUCGUGAAGGACGGAAGCUUGAUGAGGUAGUUGAAGAACGAUGGGGCUCUUUGGGUCACUUGGCUACUUCUGUUGCAGCUCAUAGAGCUGCCCCUUCUCAUGCUCAUUUGCAUGCCAUAAAAGGAAGGAAGAGGGGGCAAGUAGAAAGUUCUGAAUCUGGUACAGGUUUUGAAAUGAAGGAAGGUACCAAAGAAGCACAACAUGCUUCCCGUGAUUAUUUACGAGAUGGAUCUUCUCGGCCUGAAAUGAGGAAGCCUAAACAAGAUUCUUUACAUUGGAAAAAGAACAAAAUACAAAAUAUUCGUUCAGAGGAUAGGUCUCUCAUAUCUGCUGCAAUUUCAGGCAUAAAUAAGUUUGCUGAUGAUGGAAGCUUUAUGCAGAGCAUAUCCAGUCAGCGGAGUAAGGAUGUUGAUGUUUGUAUUAGUCCUCAAUCAAGUAAAGAAGCUGACAUUCUUAGGGAAAAUGAUGUGGGCUCUUCUCUGGUUAGAAACUCAAAUAUGGUCCCUUCACUUAAUACACAACGGUUAAGCGCAAAUCAGCUGGCAGCUAAAGUGAUGCAGCUGAGAAUGAAAGGAAUGCAUGAAGAAGCUGAGCAACUUUCGAAAGAGAUGAAGACUGUGAUUGGUAAGCCCGCUACAGACAGUGAAGCAGCUAGACAAGGAACUGAGACCAAUACAAGCAGGUAUUUUGAGAAGCAGAUUUCUUCUCAGCGGAAGAAAAAGGAAGAAGAUGCUGAUUUGCAUCUGGCCCAGACAAUAAUGCGUAACAAAAAGUAUAGCUUGUCUGGUAGGGCAGAUGAUGAAUAUGAUUAUGAUGGUGAUGCUCCCAGCAGAAAACAAAACCGUAAAAAAGAGGGAAAGCAUGAGGAGAAAAAAACUUUCUCAAAGCACUUCCAAACUCAGCAAGAACGCUGUCAAUUUUGUUUCGAAAAUCCAUUAAGACCAAAACAUCUUGUUGUUUCCAUUGGAAAUUUUACAUACAUGAUGCUCCCUCAAUGGCAGCCUCUUGUUCAAGGACACUGUUGCAUUUUGCCGAUGCAGCAUGAGUCUUCUAUGAGAACUGUUGACAAGAACGUGUGGGAGGAAGUACGCAACUUCAAAAAGUGCCUCUUAAGGAUGUUUUCAGCGCAAGAUAAAGAUGUUUUGUUCAUUGAAACCGUUAUAGAUUUAGCAAGGCAACGCAGACAUUGCUUAAUCGACUGCAUUCCUAUACCAUAUGCUGCUUCUGCAAAGGCGCCUAUGUAUUUCAAAAAGGCAAUUGAUGAGGCCGAGGAUGAGUGGGGCCAGCAUGAGAUGAAGAAGGUAAUCCCAACCAGUGGGAACCUAAGAAACGUAAUUCCUGAAAACUUUUCCUACUUCCAUGUAGAGUUUGGCCUUGAUAAAGGAUUCGUCCAUGUUAUUGAUGAUGAUGCCAACUUCUCGAGUAGCUUUGGCUUGAAUAUUGUCAGAGGUAUGCUUCGUCUUCCGGAAGAGGACAUGCACAGGAGACGGAGGGUGGAGCCUGUGGAUAAACAAAAGCAGGCUGUCGCCGAUUUUGCCAGAGAGUGGGCACCUUUUGAUUGGACGAAAGAUCUUGAUUAAGAAAGGAAGAACUGAAAUUGUAAAUAGAGGAGAAAAAUUGCGACAUACUCUUGGUGCACGCAUAAAAUGCGAUUGAGAGGUUUGGUUUUCCUACGUAUAUGAUGAUAUUUGUUGCUAAGUAAAUUCUCGAUUAGUAGGCAGAUAUCCCACUUACUACGUGAGAGGGAUUGUUGGUGAAGCAAGGUUUUGUUCCUAAUUAUUUUUUACAGUUGGUUUUGUUUUGGACCAUCAUCUCCCCAGGACCAAAUAAAACUGAUUUAGUUUAA